CGAGGGGCCCGGCCGGCCGCGGCGGGGGGAGAGGUCAGCAUGAGCCCGGGGGUCCGGCUGGCCGGCGCAGGGAAGGGGGCAGCUGCCGCGGUGCAGCUUCUCAUCACCCUGAGCUUCCUCCCGAGCGUCGUCGAGGCCCAGGUCACUGGAGUCUUGGAUGACUGCUUGUGUGACAUUGAUAGCAUCGAUAACUUCAACACCUUCAAAAUCUUCCCCAAAAUAAAGAAGCUGCAAGAACGAGACUAUUUUCGUUAUUACAAGGUUAACCUGAAACGACCGUGUCCUUUCUGGGCAGAAGAUGGCCAUUGUUCAAUAAAAGACUGUCAUGUGGAGCCUUGUCCAGAGAGUAAAAUUCCAGUUGGAAUUAAAGCUGGAAAUUCUAAUAAGUACUCAAAAGUGGCAAAUAAUACCAAAGAAUUAGAAGACUGUGAGCAAGCUAGUAAACUGGGAGCAAUUAACAGCACAUUAAGUAAUCAAAGCAAAGAAGCUUUCAUUGACUGGGCAAGAUAUGAUGAUUCACAGGAUCACUUCUGUGAACUUGAUGAUGAGAGAUCUCCAGCUGCUCAGUAUGUAGACCUGCUGCUGAAUCCCGAGCGUUACACCGGCUAUAAAGGGUCCUCUGCAUGGAGAGUGUGGAACAGCAUCUAUGAAGAGAACUGUUUCAAGCCUCGAUCUGUUUAUCGUCCUUUAAAUCCUCUGGCACCCAGCAGAGGAGAAGAUGAUGGAGAAUCAUUCUACACAUGGCUAGAAGGUUUGUGUCUGGAGAAAAGAGUCUUCUAUAAGCUUAUAUCGGGACUUCAUGCUAGUAUUAAUUUACAUCUGUGUGCAAAUUAUCUUUUGGAAGAAACCUGGGGUAAACCUAGCUGGGGACCUAACAUAAAAGAAUUUAAACGCCGAUUCGACCCUGUGGAGACCAAGGGAGAAGGCCCAAGAAGGCUAAAGAAUCUGUACUUCCUAUAUUUAAUUGAGCUUCGAGCUUUAUCAAAAGUGGCCCCAUACUUUGAGCGCUCAAUUGUCGACCUUUACACUGGAAAUGUGCAAGAAGAUGCUGACACAAAAACCCUUCUACUGAAUAUCUUUCAAGAUACAAAGUCCUUUCCCAUGCACUUUGACGAGAAAUCCAUGUUUGCAGGUGACAAAAAGGGGGCCAAGUCGUUAAAGGAGGAAUUCCGGUUACAUUUCAAGAACAUCUCCCGUAUAAUGGACUGCGUGGGAUGCGACAAAUGCAGGUUAUGGGGGAAGCUACAGACUCAGGGUUUAGGAACUGCCCUGAAGAUAUUAUUCUCUGAAAAAGAAAUCCAAAAGCUUCCAGAGAACAGCCCAUCUAAAGGCUUCCAACUCACUCGACAGGAAAUAGUUGCUCUUUUAAAUGCUUUUGGAAGGCUCUCUACAAGUAUAAGAGAGUUACAGAAUUUCAAAGUUUUAUUACAACACAGUAGGUAA